AUGGCAAAAUACGCUUACGCGCCUCUCCAAAUUGACAAAAAGCGACAAACUGGAAGCAGUGGCAACAAUCUCAGUGGCAUGAUGACUAAUUCUAAUAGCAAUACUGGCAGCAGCCACGCACGCCAAGGUGAUGAUAAUAAAGAUGGCAACGAUCAACUCGUGCAGGAACGCAUGCCCAUGUGUGUGGCCAUUUGUGUCUUGCUUGCCAUUGUGUUUGUCUUGUCCAAGGGAAGUGGCGAUAUUGAUUUGCAACCACAAGAACAAUUGCAGCAGCAACAUUCCUUGAGAGCCAUGGAUAGUGCUUCCACUACUACUACUAGUAGUAGUGCUGUCAGUGGUGAUACAACCACUCCGCAAUUUGGUACCACUACUACCACUCAUCAUACCGAAGUGUAUCCCAAACCAAGCAUGGUACAACCAGUAGAAACUAAUGCUGCUGCCACUACUGCCAAUGCCAAUGUGAAUAUGAACAUGGUCCCAGAAGCCGCUCCCGAGAGUCUUGCAGCCGUCGCAUCCGCAUCGUGCCCCGAAUGCCCCAAGUGUCCCGAACCAAGUACUACUACUACUACUUCUUCUUCGACUACCAGUAUCGAUGAUCCCAAUGAAUUAAUGGGCAAACUCCGUCAAGAUGCCUUGGAUUCGACACCACCACACAUUAUCGAAUGUUCCUCCGCCAAAGCUGGCGAAUCGCAAGAUGCCUGUCAUUUGCCCAAACAAGAACGGUACACGGCAUUGGGUCAAAAGGGUGCCACCCUGUGGAUGACGGGAUGUUCGGGGGCUGGCAAAACCACCAUUGCCACUGCCUUGGAAGAUUUGCUCGUCAAAAUACAUGGCAAACACGUGUAUCGAUUGGAUGGGGACAAUUUGCGAACUGGACUCAAUCGAGACUUGACCUUUACCGAAGCGGAUCGGGCCGAAAGUGUUCGACGUACCGGAGAAUUGUCCACCCUGUUUAGCGACGCCGGUGUCAUUACGUUGGUGGGUUUGAUUUCACCCUAUCGUGGGGAUCGGGAUUUGGUCCGCAAGCGACACGAAGAUCAAGGAAUUCCCUUUUAUGAGAUCUUUUUGGAUGUCCCCAUUGACGAAUUGAAAGCAAGAGAUCCAAAGGGACAAUAUGCCCGUGUCGAAUCGGGAGAAUUGAAGCACUUUACCUGCAUUGAUGAUCCUUACGAAGAACCAUUGGAUCCGGAAAUUACUUUGAAAACACACGAACUUAAAAUUGAAGAAUCGGCCAAGAUUUUGUUGCAACGCUUGGAAAAGGACGGUAUCUUAAUGGGACCACCCAAGGUGACACCACCCGGUUUGCCCAAUCCCGAUGGUGAUUUGAUUGUGGAUCUUCUCGUGAGUCCCACCGAGGCGCCUUCCAAACAAGCCGAAGCCGCCGCACUUCCCAAAGUAUUGCUGACGGACAUUGAUUUGAAUUGGUUGCAAACCAUCGCCGAAGGAUGGGCGGCACCGCUCACUGGAUUCAUGAGAGAAGGAAUCUUGCUCGAAACGCUUCAUUUCAAUUCGCUCCUCGUGGAUCCCUUCAACAUCACCGGCAAUGGUGACAAGCUGACGACGAAAACCAAAUUUGAGGAUUUCAAUGAAUUCCGGCCGAAUCACCGAGUCAGCAUGCCUAUUCCACUCACAUUGUCGCUCACGGAAUAUACCAAGGAAUCGAUUGAACAAUCUGGGAAGCAAGAUGUUGCUUUGGUGACACGAAUGGGCAAGACGAUUGCCAUUCUCCGCAAUGUCGAGAUUUAUGAAAAUCGAAAGGAAGAGAUUGUGACACGCAUGUUUGGGGUGAUUGAUAUGGGACAUCCCUACAUUCAAAAUAUCUAUAAUGGAGGUGACUACUUGAUUGGCGGUGAAAUCGAAUUGCUCGAACGAAUUGUCUACAAUGAUGGAUUGGAUCAAUGGCGCAAGACUACCACUGAAUUGCUCCAAGAGUUUGAUGACAAGGGUGCCGAUACCGUCUAUGCCUUUCAAACCAGAAAUCCUACUCAUGCGGGUCACGCAUACUUGAUGAAAUCGGCCGGAGAAGACUUGAAGCGUCAAGGGUAUGAAAAUCCAGUCUUGUGGUUGUCUCCGUUGGGUGGUUGGACCAAAUCGGACGAUGUUCCUUUGGAUGUUCGCGUCAAACAGCACGAAGAAGUCUUGAAAAUGGGAACCGACCAUCCAGGUGGUUUGGAUCCAGCUUCCACCGUCAUGGCCAUUUGGCCAGCUCCCAUGAUCUAUGCCGGACCAACCGAAGUCCAAUUCCAUGCCAAGUCCAGACGUUGUGCGGGCGCUUCCUACUUUGUGGUGGGUCGCGAUCCAGCUGGAAUGAAGGGAAGUAUGGAGGCCGUGGCACAUCAAGACGACGAUUUGUACGAUGGGAACCACGGACGAUAUGUCUUGCAAAACUCGCCCGGCAUUGAGAAUAUGAAAAUGUUGUCUUUUGUCAAGGUCAUGUACGAUGUUUCCGACAAUGUCAUGAAGAUUCCGGACGAAUCACGAAUGCAGGACUUUAUCAGCAUUUCGGGAACCAAGAUGCGAUUGCUCGCUCGAAAUGGGGCCGUUCCAUGCUCGCCUACGGACAUUCCAACCGACUUGGUGGAAGCCAACUGCAUUCCUUCCGGAUUUAUGGUUCCAGAUGGAUGGGAUUUGGUCGUCGAUUACUACAAGAACAUUCAAAAUACCACUCGAUGGAUCCCCUGGUCGCAACCACAUGUCGAGGCACCAGCUGCCGAAGGAACGGUCUCCACUGGAUCUUUCGGAUUUUCCACCUUUGCCAUGCAGAAUGCCGGUUCUGCCAGUUAUUGGCACGAUGUCGAGUACAUGCCAUCUGCCCACAAGAAUGAAAAGGGAAUCAUCAACAUGGUGACAGAAAUCCCAAUGUACGUGGCUGCCAAGAUGGAAGUCGACAAGAGCACUCCCGGCAAUCCAAUCAUUCAAGAUUCCAACAAGGAUGGGUCUCCUCGCUAUUACACAUACGGCACAACGUUCUUCAACUACGGACUUGCUCCUCAAACGUGGGAAGAUCCUGAUUUGAAGACAGGCGGUUUUGGUGGUGACAAUGACCCGAUCGAUGUUAUGGAACUUGGAAGCACUCCAUUGAAGAUGGGAAGUGUGACACCUUGCCGUGUCUUGGGAUCCUUGGAAUUGAUCGAUGAAGGUGAAAUGGAUCACAAGAUUCUGUGCAUUGCUCUAUCGGAUCCCGACUCAUCUCGGAUUCACAAUAUGGACGAUUUGGAAACCAUCAAGCCUGGAACCAUUGCCAAGAUUGUUCAUUGGUGGAAGUAUUACAAGACGAGCGAUGGCAAGGCUGUAAACUCCUUGGGUUCGGAAACGCCUCGAACAGUGGAUCAAGCGUUGCAAGUGUUGGAAGAAGUCCACCAAAGAUGGCGCAGUCUUUGUGGAUUGGAUGGUACCCGCCGCACCGCUUUGAGCAGUCACACUGAUGGAUUUUGGUUGGCCAGUCAAGGAUGUAGGAAAUAG